AUGAUAGCACGACAUAAGGAAUUGAGGGAUAAAAUUAGACAGCUAACCUCGCUGUAUGAUAUUACGUCGGCCGAAUGCAUCUAUGAGGACCAGGAUCAAGACCCAACAGGAUCGCUGCGGAUCGGGGACAUACGAUUGGCAACCGGGAAGUUAGAAGACGAUCCCGCCCAAGUACAGGACGACCUCCUCGAGAUCAAUCUGGGGACAGAGGAAUCGCCUAAGCCUAUAUAUAUCAACGCAGGACUGGACGAGGGAUUCAGAGAACAACUGAUCGCCCUACUCAUUGAGUUCCGCGACUGUUUUGCCUGGUCGUACGAGGAAAUGCCGGGCCUUGAUCCUGAUAUCGCCGAACAUAAGCUUCCUUUAAAGAGUGGGUUUCGGCCAUUUAGGCAACCUCCCCGGCGAAUGUCCAGGGAAGUGGAUACUCUCAUACAGGAUGAAAUUAAGCGGCUGGAAGAUGCCAAGUUUAUUCGGGAAGCCCAAUACACCGAAUGGCUCUCUAACAUCGUGCCAGUGAUGAAGAAAAACGGGAAGCUACGAGUAUGCGUAGAUUUUCGGAACCUCAACCUGGCUACACCUAAGGACGAAUACCCGAUGCCUGUGGCCGAUAUGCUGAUAGACAGGGCAGCAGGACACACGAUACUCAGUUUCCUCGAUGCAUACUCUGGAUACAACCAAGUUCCAAUCAGCAAGGAGGACAUUUCCAAAACGGCUUUUAGAUGCCCCGGGCCGAUCGGAGCGUACCAAUGGGUAGUGAUGCCUUUCGGCUUAAAAAACGCGGGGGCAACAUACCAAAGGGCUAUGAACAAAAUGUUCAGAGGCCUUGACUGCCUUGAGGUCUACAUCGACGAUGUCGUGAUCAAGUCAAAUACCGGCGAAGUUCAUCUGGCCGACCUCUGGCAAGGUUUCGAGCGUAUACGAUGUAAUGGCUGGAGUGUUUUGCUGAGGGGAAAAGAGACCGAUGAGUGGAUAUGGACGGACGAGCAACAGAGGGUGUUCGACGAUUUGAAAGAUUACUUGGCAAAACCUCCGGUUAUGACCCCUCCAAAGCCGAAUAAGCCGUUGUUGCUUUACCUAUCGGCUGCACACGAAUCCCUAGGAUGUAUGCUCGCCCAAGAGGACGAUGGGAUCGAGAGAGCAGUCUACUAUUUGAGCCGAGGACUAACGGAUAUAGAGAUUCGUUAUACCGACAUAGAAAAAAUGUGUCUAUGUCUGUACUUCACGUGCUGUAAGCUGCGAUACUAUAUGUUGCCGGUCGUAGUAUAUGUUUUGUCCCAGACCGAUAUCAUUAAGUAUAUUUUAUCAAAACCAUACUUAAGGAAUCGGAUUGGGAAAUGGGCGAUUGCAAUGUCCGAAUUCACAUUAGUGUAUGUCCCCCAAAGAGCAGUAAAAGGACAAGUGUUGGCAGACUUCUUGGCCGACCACCCUGGUAUUACCCUCAAGGAAGAAGCAGUCACGUUCUUCGACAUCGCCAUGUGGGAGAUGUGGUUCGACGGAUCCAGGACAAGCCAGGGGGCAGGCGCGGGAGCAGAAUAUGAGGCCCUCAUAUUCGGUUUUGAGAUUUUAGCCGAACUAGGGGCGAAGGCGAUCAGUGUAAAAGGAGAUUCUUUGCUAGUCAUUAAACAAGUGACAGGAGAAUUCAAAUGCGAGUCCGAGCUGUUGGUGAGGUAUUGCAACAAGGCGAAACACCUGAUCGAAGGCUUUCAGGAUACGAGGAUAGAAUACACAGAGAGGGCCGAUAACGGCGUUGCAAACGACCUAGCUCAGCACGGUAGUGGUUACAAGCUGGACGUCACCCAAGAUUGGAGGGACGAGCUCCUGAAGUGGUUCAAAAAACCAGACGUCACGAAUAGGAGGUUGAGGACUUUAGCCCUUAGUUACGUGGUCUUAGCCGACGAAUUAUAUAAGAAGGGCUUUGAAGGGCUACUCUUCAGAUGCAUCGGUCCAAAAGAGGCGAUGCUUGCUAUGGCCGAGGUACACGAAGGUAUAGCAGGCGCCCACCAGGCGGGCCCCAGAAUGAGGUGGCUUAUCCAUAAAUACGGCUUUUAUUGGCCGAAAAUGGAACAAGACUGCAUAAGAUAUGCCAAAGGUUGCGAAGCUUGUCAGAAAUUCGGCCCAAUACAACACGUCCCGGCCGAAGACCUGCACUCCAUCAUCAAGCCAUGGCCAUUCAGAGGAUGGGCGGUCGACCUGAUAGGGAAAGUAUACCCCGGCUCGUCUGAUGGUCAUACUUUUGUGAUUAUCGCCACUUGUUACUUCACCAAGUGGGUCGAAGCUAAACCUUUGAAGUCGCCGACACAAGAAGCGGUGAUCAAGUUCUUCAAAGAAUACAUCGUCCACCGACACGGCUUGCCCGAGUCCAUAACCACAGAUCAAGGGACGAUGUUCACAGGAAGCGAUAUAAGUUGGUGGGCCUCCAAAAUGAAGAUAAAAAUGUUGCACUCAACACCGUACUACGCCCAGGCCAACGGGCAAGCCGAAGCCACGAACAAAGCCAUCAAGCUCAUAGUUCAAAAGAUGAUUGAAGAAAACCCAAGGCAAUGGCAUGUGCUUUUAUCAGAAGCUGUUUGGGCGAAUAGAACCAGUCAGAAGUCGGCUACUGGGACCUCGCCUUUCAGACUGGUUUAUGGCUACGAUGCGAUGUUGCCAAUGGAGCUGACCGUCACGUCUACUCGCCGCAGAUACCAGAGCGAAUUGUCCAAAGAGGACUACUUUGACAAGAUGGUGAUAGAUUCUCUUGACCUUGACGAAGAACGUUUGACGGCGUUAGAUCACUUAGAAGCCCAGAAAAGAAGGGUCGAGAGAGCUUACAACAAACGGGUAAAACGAAAAGUUUUUACGGUGGGCGACAUAGUAUGGAAAGCAGUCUUGCCUAUCGGCCAUAAAGACACUCGGCUUGGCAAAUGGAGCCCGAACUGGGAAGGCCCCUUUAUUGUGGUCAACAAGUUAGAAGGCGGUGCUUACUUGCUGGCAAACAUUGAUGGAGAAGAACACGACAGGGCGAUCAACGGCCAAUUCCUGAAAAAAUACGUCCCUAGCUGUUGGGAGGGCGUAGACCGUCGGUUGUUUGGAGCCACCGAAGAAUAA